AUGUCAAGCUGCUCCUCUGGUCUGUCCUUCUCAAUCGACGGACUGAUGAAUUCGAACAGGAAGGUGGCCCGAAGCAGAGAGUCUACUGGUGACUCGUCGGUAUCGACUGCUCACGUUUCCUCCGUCGCCCACUGGUCAAGUAAGACCACCAACAGGCGCGACGACAUGGUGCUGACGAGCAACCAAUCAGACGACAGUAUCAGCCGCGUGGGCGUCUGGGAGUCUUUCAGGGCCGGCGGCAAGGAGACAAUAGGUGCCGAGCUUCUCUACAGCGACUCUCGAGGCUGGGAUAACAGCUCGGACAGGGAGGACCCCAACACAGCUGCUAAGACCUUCGUCUGUCCGCACUGUGACAAGGUUUUCAAUGCCCACUACAACCUAACCCGUCAUAUGCCCAUCCAUACGGGCGCGAGACCCUUCAUCUGCAAGGUCAGUCCGUACGUUUAA